AUGGCUUUAGAGAAAGAAGGGAAGCAAAUCAGAAUCCAUCUAUAUCUGGCCUCUGCUGCAUCUACUCAGGCGGGAUAUAUUGAUUUUUAUUCCUGCACUUCAACUAUCCUCGCAACUAUUCCUUUCUUCUCUUCUCAUUUUCGACAAUCCAUACCACAGCACACCUUACUGGUACGCUUCUAUAACUUCAUACUCGUCGUCUACCAUAGCAACGUGAAGCCAUGGUUACCAAAGAGAGAACAACCCUCCCUUCUCUUAACAAGGGCCCAACUAGUUGAUCCGGUGGAAGGCAAAGUACACCCCAGUGCCUCUGUGCACAUCGGCCACGGAGUAAUCCAGACGGUAUCAAUCGACGGCAGCAAACCCAUAACAGUGCCAGAGGAUACCAUGACAGUCGAUCUUGAGGGCCGGUAUCUGUGUCCUGGGCUGAUGGAUGCCCACGUCCAUAUCUCUGCCGUACCUAGAGAGAUGGACUUCCGCCACGUCAUGGCUAUGCCAGAAUCUGAAUGCCUAUUGCGAAUGACUCAUGUUUGUCGGGAUAUCGCAUUGCCCAGGAAUGCGGCGUCACCAUGUGCUAUGGAUCGGACUUGCUGGGCCCCCUUGGGUAAAUACCAGAGUGGGGAGUUUGGCUUGCGAGCCAAAGUUUGUCACCGCUGGGAAUCCUCCGGAGUGCUACUGUCAACCCGGCCAAGAUGA